AAUUGUGAGACACUUUUCUCAAGCGAGGCGUACGGAGUGCACAAGAUGGAAUGAAUUUCCACUGGCUCUAUGCCUAACGAUCUAUAGAGCACGAGUUGCGACCGUUUUGGCCGAGCUUGUUUCGUAACAAAUUUCUUCAUUUCCGGGACCUCCUUAAUAUCUGCUCACAACACGAAACGACUCAUUAGUCCGGUAGUUUUGCGGACGUAAAUGUUUGUCAAUUUCAAUCGAUUAUUGCGUGCUCGAACUCGAUAAAACUGUCGUUUAAUCGAACCGGGAAAUGCAGUGCUAAACGAUAAGUUCACUCCGAAAUCAAGCAUCGAUUGCGCAUUAAAAAACCAGUGAAUUCCGCUGCUUAUUGUACCUGAAGAAACAUGAAGAAUUCUAAUUUGAAAAAAAUGAUCGAUGAUGAAAAGUGCUUCGAGAUCGUUCGUAAAAAGCUUCUCGAAGAUUCGAUCAACGAUUUUCGUCUUGUUGAUUACGAGAUGAUACCGAUCGACCAAGUGAACGGAUACAUGGGUCAAUAUUUCACUUUAAAAACCACUAUUUCUUGUUCGGAUAGACCGGACGAAAAUCGUGUUUACAAUUUCUUCGCUAAAAUACCACCGCCUAUAACGAGCCCUCAAUACGAGUGGGUACAGGAAUAUGGCUCGUUCAGAAAGGAAGUCGAUCUUUACAAAACAGUGUUUCCUGAAGUGCUGCAAAACCUUGAGAAGAGAUCGAUUCCAGAGUAUUUUUUUGGUCGCGAAAACGACAUUAUUGUUCUCGAAGAUAUGGCUAACAGUGGUUUCGUGAUGACCGAUAAAUUCGUAUCCUUUGAUUUUCAACAUUGUCAAAUCAUCAUCAAGAAAUUGGCCAAGUUUCACGCGAAAUCUAUUAUUUUUGAAGAGCUUGAGAAGAGAAAUCUUCACAAGGAAUUUUCUCACUGUAUGCAAGAAACUCUGUGGCCAUUGACGGAAGGAAGGUCGAAACGUAUGUUCGACGCAGCUGUUAAGGGUGUCGUUUCUAUGAUUGAUUUGGUAGAAAAUCUCGACGAUUCCGAUCGGCAAAAGCUUAAGAAUACCGUUCAAGCUCGAUCCAUAGAACAUGCAAAAAAAUUGUUGCCUUCUGAGAAGCACAGAAACGUUCUUUGCCACGGAGACCUUUGGGCGAACAAUAUUCUCUUCAAAUAUCACGAGACCGGAGAACCCGAAGCUUGCUGUUUUAUUGAUUUUCAACUGGCAAGGUACAAUCCUCCGGCCCACGACAUUCUGUGUUUCCUUCAAUUUACGACGACUCGAGAUUUGCGCGAGAACGAGGACGAAAAUUUAUUUAAAAUAUAUUGGAACAGCAUGGCCGAGUCCCUGAGCGAUGCGGGUUUGGAAGCGGAGCAAGUUUUUCCCUGGAAUAAAUUCGUCGAGUCUCUCGAAGAAUUACGACCGAUGUGCAUGGAACACGGUAUUUUGAACAUUCCAAUAAUGCUAAUGGAGUCAACAGCAGCGUCCAAGUACUUCGCAGAUCAGACGGAGCUCCUCGAGAGUGUUCUGUACGUCGACCGGACUCCGUUGAUACGUGAACAAUUUCUCCAAGUUCCACAGUACAGGAAGCGAAUGUCAGAUGCUAUAUUAGAGCUUCACGAGAGCGCCAAGUUUCGUCGAUGACACUGAUUAAAAAAAAAAAAAAAAAAAAAAAAAAAAAA